AUGCCAUCUGUUACAGUGGAUAUAAGGGACGUCAAAUUGAGUUGCAACUUGCCAUGUCGACCUAAUUCAUUAGACCGAUGCACGCUUGUAGAACCUCAGCAAUUCGUAAAGCAAUUUGCGCCAGAAAUGAUCACUGUGAAGAGGCUUAUUUGUGAUGACAUACGGCGUCAGUGUGUUAAUAAUACAAUUGAACACUUAUGUGAGGCACCUGUGACAUCAAUUCAUUCCCAUAUGGUCGACGUGUGGAGAAGUUGGCGAGACCCCGCAAGAGUAGAUACUUCCACAUAUCAGAAGUCUGAAACAUAUUCAGGCAGCACCGACCUCCGCAAAUCAGCGCUUAUUCCGCAAGAUUUCGGGGUUUGGGGGCUGAAAUAUUCGCCUUCCGACACCACGCAACGGAGUUAUCAUUUGAGUGGGAAGAGCAAGUCGGAUAAGGUAAGCGACCGCGGGUUCAAAUCUAAUCCGGCUGACUAUAUGGCCUCUCUACAGGCCGUGAAUGAGGGAAGGCAUAUGCCUGAUGAUGUUGCAAUUGCGGUUUGUGGGCUUUAUGGGAAGACUGCUACACUAGCAAAACGUAUCGUCGGUGCGGCUGAUUUGGUGGCACACAUCUACUCCAUAUCUGGCUUAAUACCGGAAACCGACGUAUCUCGUAAAUUUGUCGUUGCAGAUUUAUAUAACGUGGAGUUCCUCCAUGCCAGGACCGGACACGAAGUAGUACGGCCUCGUCUUUCAAACCCCUUUAGCCUAUACAGCGGAGCCUUUAACAGGACGGCGCUCGAGAAUUUAAGGGAGUGGCCUAACCUAGAUGUAUUGAAAAACCGGAUGUAA